AUGUUUAAUUAUCCUCAAUUCUUACAAAAUUUAAACUAUAUAUUAUUACAAGAUUCGAUUGAAAAAAUUUUGGAUAGACAAUACGAUGGGCAUGAAAAUGAUAAAAUCAAAUUGGUUUCCGAAGAACUACUCAAGAUGUUCCUUAAUCAAGAUUCACAUCUAAAAUCUCUUGAUUUUAGCUAUCAAAAAUUAUCUGGAAUUAUUAUUUCUCAUUUAGAUAAGAGAAUUAUUGAUUUUCCUUUAGAGAUCAAUUUGGUUAACUUACCUAGUAUUAUAACGAGUCUUUCAAGACUUCAGAAAUUUAGUUGUAAAGGCACUACGCCAUCUAGAUUUCUUUCUUCAUUAGCAGAAAUCACGUUAGAACUUCAAAGUUUAAGUAUUUACGAUGGUGAAGAUUCACAUGGAAUGAUUAACCUCAUCAGUACACAAAAAAACCUUAAAGAAAUCGAUAUUCAUAUAUGUCGGGACAUUCCUAGGAUAAUUUCAGUACUUAAUAAUAAAUCUAAAACCUUUCAAAAAUUUUCGUUAAGUGCUCGUAAUGCAUAUAUUUCUAUUGGGCUUCCAUCACUUUCUGAUUGUUUAGAAAUAUUAUGCAAUUCACCAGAUCUCGAAGAAUUAACAUUAAUUUUUCCACGAGGUGCACUUGCACAAGCACAAUGGUUGAUUCGACGACAUGCUGCACAAAUGCGAUUAAGAUUACAACAGCAACAAGCAAGAACAUUGCAAUUUUUGAAUCAAACAAUUCGUGCUCAUAGACAGAAUAUUCCUCAUCAAAGAACAGCAUCUCAUCAAAGACGAAACCGAACAACGUCCCAGACAUCUCAAGGACAUACACACAAUCCUGUUCUUAUAACUA